UCGGUGUUUCCCCGAAACAUCAGGAGGGUCAAUUAAGUCCAUGCACGACGACUUGAACUGUCAAAAACUAGCCGUAAAACAUCCGGUAUUAUAAGCGCACGGCUACUGCCGCACGACAAUGCGGUAAAUGGUGCAGAGGCUUGCGAUGCACUGAAACUCGCACCCAAGCGUACUGGUACUAGUUGCAGUAGCUGAACGUCUGCUGCGAGGAAGACGAUGACAACCCGCAGGAAUUGAAGGUUUUGGGCAUUAUCAAGGUUACAUGCAGUGUAACCUAUACGGGGAUUAAUAUUACAGACGGGGGAGCUCAUUUACACCGGCAAAGAGAUUUCAGCAGCCUAAUGCUGACCGGAUUAAACCCAGCUCUAGUGUCAGAUGUGGCGGCAGUGCAGUGUAGCAGUAUUUGAGUUUGGCGACACAUUCGCCUCGUCUUGCUGUUUCUUUCCAUUUUUGAGGACAUUAUAAUGGUUACGCACUAGAGAUAAACCAUCAUAAAGGCAAGUGUUCUCUUAUUUGUGGACAGUAUGUUGUUUCCUCAGCGAUUGCAACACAGUCCCAUGACGCUUGCGAGCCGGUAGAGCCUCUGAUAAGCGUGCAGCGAGUAUAUUGGAAAACACACUAUUCACAUGGGAGAACGGAAGGUUCGAUUCAUGUUUGAUCGGACCUGGGCUCGCUGUCAAGACAACGGUGUGACUGAUCCAGAGAGAGCAAAGCGAUGGGCCGAAUUAUUCGACCAGUUGGACCUCAAUAAAGACGGGCGCAUAGACGUCAAUGAACUGCGCGCUGGACUCGCCGCUUGGGGUGUUCGCAGUGAUGUGGAGGAGCUGGUGCGUGUCAGUGACACUAACCACGAUGGUCAGCUGGACUUCGAGGAGUUCACGCAAUACCUGCAGGCCCAUGAGAAGGAGCUGCGCCUCAUGUUCUCCAGUCUGGACCGCAACAACGACGGUCGUAUAGAUGUGGGGGAGAUCCAGCUGUCCCUUCGCAACCUGGGAGUGGAGGUCUCCACGGAGCAGGCCUCACGAAUCCUCCAGAGCAUAGACAAGGAUGGCACCAUGACCAUCAACUGGAGUGAGUGGCGAGACCACUUCCUCUUCAACCCUCUCCACAACAUGGAGGAGAUCGCUCACCACUGGAAGCAUGCACUGAUGCUGGACAUCGGGGAGCACCUGACGGUGCCGGAUGAGUUCUCGGAGCGCGAGCGUAGGUCAGGGCUGGUGUGGAGGCAGCUGAUGGCGGGGGCCAUGGCAGGGGCCGUCUCCCGAACAGGCACCGCCCCCCUGGACCGCCUUAAAGUCUUCCUGCAGGUGCAUGGCACGAGAGGGGUGAGCCUGAGGACGGGCCUGCGAGGGAUGGUCCAGGAGGGGGGUCUCCGCUCCCUCUGGAGGGGCAAUGGCAUCAACGUGCUCAAAAUAGCACCCGAGUCCGCUAUCAAGUUCAUGGCCUACGAACAGAUUAAAUGGCUUAUCAGAGGCUGUAAGGACGGAGGCUCACUGCGGGUGCAGGAGAGGUUCGUAGCGGGCUCCCUGGCAGGAGCUACGGCCCAAACCAUCAUCUACCCCAUGGAGGUGCUGAAGACUCGUCUGACUCUGAGGAAGACGGGCCAGUAUUCGGGCAUGCUGGACUGUGCCAAGCAGAUCCUUCAGAAGGAGGGAGUGAGGGCCUUCUACCGGGGCUACAUGCCAAACACUCUGGGCAUCAUUCCAUACGCUGGCAUUGACCUGGCUGUCUACGAGACCCUGAAGAACGCCUGGCUGCAGAGCUACAGUAAAGGCUCAGCUGAUCCAGGGGUGCUGGUGCUGUUGGGGUGUGGCACGGUGUCCAGCACCUGCGGCCAGCUGGCCAGCUACCCACUGGCUCUCAUCCGCACCAGGAUGCAGGCCCAAGCCUCUACAGAGGGAGGGGGGCCGCAGCUGUCCAUGGUGGGCCAGUUCAAGCACAUCGUGUCCCACGAGGGCGUCCCGGGCCUCUACCGCGGCAUCGCCCCCAACUUCCUCAAGGUCAUCCCUGCAGUCAGCAUCUCCUACGUGGUCUACGAACACAUGAAGAAAGUCCUCGGCGUGGGCUCUUAAAGGAAAAACUGAAACGAUAAAAAAAAAAACCUGAAUGAAAGAAAGACACAGAUGGGAGAGAGAGAGAGAGGGAGGGAUACUGAGAGUAUUGGGUCAUAGAAAAACAACUAAGCCCUAGAAAGACAAAGAAAGAGGGCUGAAGGAGUUAGGGAUGCUGAGGUGGCAGAUGGGCCCGACACCUAGAUAUGAGACAAAGGGAGAAGAGAAUGAGAGAGAGAUGGAGAGAAGACAGGGAAAGAGUGAUGGA